UCUGUUCGUUGUGAUUAUUAAAUUAGUUUUUGUAUUACCAAUUAUGUUUACGAAACUUUUGGGCUUGAGAUGACAUCAAAAUGUUUGGAUUCAGACGCUCAUUGGUCCAGUCCAUUGUGCUUUUAUUAUGGGCUCUGAAAUACUGGACGUUUGGAAAUGACUUUGCAUGGUAUAUUUUGGCGGUGACCCUCACAUUGGCGGUAUUUCUGACACUUGGGACGUAUGAUCAUGACUAUUGGAGCCAGAGAGGCGUCUUUUCACCGCCAGCCCUGCCGUUUCUUGGUCAUAUAGGACCUUUGUUGUCCUUCAAGGAUCAAACAGGCAACUUAUUCAAGAGAUAUUACGAUACGUACAAAAAUGAAAGAUUUAUAGGCAUUCAUCAGUUCUUCGCGAGGACUCUUAUUGUCCACGACCCUGAGCUGAUCAGGAGGGUAUGCGUGAACGACUUCCACCACUUCACAGACCGAGGCUUCUACUACCACAAGGAUGUGGACCCGAUGGUCGAGUCUCUGGUCUUCCUCAGGGGCACCGAGUGGAGGAAACUUCGAACUAAGAUAUCGCCCACAUUCUCCCCUAACAAAUUAAGGGGAAUGUAUCCUAUAAUUGAGAAUGUAGCCGACAAAUUCCUUAUCAAAAUAAAAGAUAUGUUAAGGAUAGAGAAGAAUAAAUUGCGUGGUGGAGAAGAAGCAGUGCAAACUGACGAUUCGGUCCUGGUUAAUGGCUCGAGGUUCUUCGAGGGGUACACUGCGGACGCUAUAGUGCCAUGUGCUUUCGGCUUUAAGAGCGACGUGAUGGAGAAUGAGAAUCAUCCAGUGGCGGUCGCUCUACGCUCCUUUUACGAAAUGACUUUAUUCAAUAUAUUUCAGAAAACAGUACAGCAGUUGUGGCCUGCGUUUGCGAUGUUCUUCAGAAUAAGGAUCAUACCGAAAAAAACUGAGAACUAUUUCUACAGCCUUAUCGUCAACGUGCUCCGGUCCAGGGAAAAAGGCGAGCAGGCCAAACGCAGCGACUUCAUAGAUAUGAUGAUGACGCUUCGUCAGGAAGGUGGGAUCAACGAUGCCAAAACACCAGAACCUGCUGACAUUGUUAUCACGGAUAUGUUGAUAGCUGCCAACGCGUUCAUACUCCUACUUGGAGGAUUCGAAACGUCGUCUUCCACGUUGGCCUUCAUGGUGAUGGAACUGGCCGCCCACCCUGAUAUCCAGGAGAAGAUGAGGGCGGAAAUCCGGGAGGUGAUGGAGAGACACGGAGGCACCAUCGGCUAUGAAGCGCUACAGGAGCUGACUUAUAUGGACAUGGUGAUACAAGAGACCCUCCGUUUGUAUCCGCCAUUCCCGUUCAUACAGCGUGAAUGUACAAAGGACUAUAUCAUACCGGACACUCAAGUCACUAUAGAGAAGGGGACCACCAUCUUCUUCCCCACAUUGGGCCUGCAUAGAGAUGAGAAGUACUUCAAGGACGGUGAUUCAUUCGUGCCGGAGCGGUGGGCGUCCGGCGAUGCUCUGCCGGCCGGCGUCUACAUGCCGUUCGGGGAUGGACCGCGGUAUUGCAUUGGCAAACGCUUCGGAAGCAUGCAAAUGAAGUGUUGUAUGGCGCGCAUAUUACAACACGUGCAGUUCAAGCCGGCGAUGCAGCGUUGCGGACCGUUUCCAGCAGAUCCUCGUUCUCCGCAAACGUUGCACCCGGCAGACUCCCGGGUCCGCCUCACCCUUAUACAGACCUAGACUUACCACAGACUACAUUACUUAUGCAGAGUGAAACCAUAGACUACAUUACUUAU